UUUCUGCUUGAAGCCACGCAUAUGCUAUUGCUCGGUUCGGUGUUCCCUUACUCGAAAUCACUUGGUUCGUCUCCGCUCUUUUCUUCUUACUCUUUGCACAUAGAGGCUUGAGGAGUCAUAUCCUUCGUACAGGAGCCGCAAGCGUCAAUCCUAAGAGUUCCUAAGAGUGUGAUGUCUCCACUCGCAUGACACGACUCACCUCCCUUCUAUCCUCCUUCACAGCGGAGCCGUUCGACGCUUCUUCCUUCAAUUGGUUAGGGCAAGAGCUCUCCUCCUUCGCUCUAGGACGCUUUCGUGAUUGUCUUCUCUUCUCUUGCUCAAUAAUCGUGUUCACGGCAAGGAACUUCGGUUCUACACCAGAAGAUGAAGGAACGCAGAGCAUAUAGACGACACUAUGCAAACGCAGAACUGUAAAGAGCUAGAGCCAAGCCCUUCUACAUUUGAUAAUCAUAAUGGACCUCAGAGUAAUUCCUCCAAAAUAAUUCAGAAACUUGCACACUCAUCAGCUGCAAAUUGAAUUCUGUGAUUUCCAUCAAGUAAAAUUAGCAGCAUGGAAAAUCAUAAAUCUCCUUCAGGAAUUAAGUCUAGCAGGCAAGAGUUUCAUUCAGGCAGAGAGGGUGCUCCUGUAUGUGACCUUUGGACUGAUGGGCUUAUAUGUGCUUUUGAGUUUGUUCGAGGAUCAAAUCGUACAACUACAGAAAAAAAUUGUCCAAGAUCUCAACCUAUGCAUCAAAAUGAUGAUCAAAAUCUAAGAAGACAAACUGCAAGAACUCUCCCAAGCCAACUUCUAGCUCAGAACUUGAAUGAUAACACAUUUAUGGGGUGCCACUCUCUCAUAGACCUGAAUAGUGCAUCUGCUGUAAGAGAUGAUGAGCCUCACACUCCUUAUUAUAAGGAAACUGUGCACUAUAAGAACCAAAUGUCUGAUAGUCACUGGGUUCCUAUUGGAUGGGCAAGGAUUUCAGAACUAGUGCAGAUUGUCCAAGUUGAUGCUAAAUGGUCUUCACAACAAAUGAAUUUGAUAGAGGAUGAAGAUGACUUUACGGUUGCUGGUGUUGUUGCUCCAUAUUGGGAGCGUCCUGAAGGACCUAUAUGGUGGUGUCAUGUAUUUGCAGGGCAUUCCUCUGUUGAUACAUGGCUCAGUAAUGCUCAUUGGCUACAUCCAGCUAUUAGUAUUGCUUUGAGAGAUGAAAGCAGACUUAUUAGUGAACGUAUGAAGUACCUUCUGUAUGAGGUUCCUGUCAGAGUAGCAGGAGGGCUGUUAUUUGAGCUGUUGGGGCAAUCAGUUGGUGAUCCAAUUUGCAAUGAAGAUGAUGUACCAGUUGUGCUUCGUGCUUGGCAAACUCAAAAUUUUUUAGUGACUGCGAUGCAUGUUAAAGGUUUUGCGUCAAACAUAAAUGUUCUAGGGAUCACUGAAGUGCAGGAAUUACUUCUUGCUGGUGGAAGUGCAGCUCCUAAAUCUGUGCAUGAGGUCAUAGCACAUUUAACUUGCCGCCUUUCUCGGUGGGAUGAUAGACUAUUUCGCAAGUUUGUUUUUGAUGCUGCUGAUGAAAUCGAGUUGAAGUUUGUGAACUGGAGAACUUAUGAGGAUCUAAAUCUACUCAGUAUAAUAUUAAAUCAGGAAAUCAAAAGGUUGGCAACACAGGUUAUUAGAGUUAAAUGGUCAUUACAUGCAAGAGAAGAAAUUGUGUUUGAGCUUCUACAGCACUUGAGGGGAACUACCACAAAAAGUUUACUGGAAAGAAUCAGAAAGACUACAAGAGAAAUGCUAGAAGAGCAAGAAGCAGUUCGUGGACGACUCUUUACCAUUCAAGACGUCCUUCAAAGCACAGUCCGUGCAUGGUUGCAGGAUAAAAGUCUGAGAAUUACUCAUAACCUGGGGAUCUUUGGGGGUUGUGGGCUGGUUCUUUCCAUAAUAACGGGCCUUUUUGGGAUCAAUGUGGAUGGAAUCCCUGGCGCUAAGAACACUCCCUAUGCAUUUGCACUGUUUUCUGGACUUCUCUUCCUCAUGGGAAUAGUAUUAAUUGGGUUUGGCCUGCUCUAUCUUGGCCUGAAGAAGCUCACCACUGAAGAGCAGGUCAAUAUUAGAAAGCUUGAGCUCCAGCAGCUGGUUUCCAUGUUCAAACAUGAUGCAGAGACACAUGCGAAGGUUAGGGAAGGUGUCUCGAGGCAACAUAACUUACCACCAACUGCUGCGGAUAUGUUAAAUGAUGCUGACUAUCUUCUUUUUGCCUGAGCAUUGUACUGGAGUUAAUAUAAAGCAGAAGAAGAUCCCACUUACACUGACAUUUCUCUCAACCUUCUGAAAAGGCCAUGGAGAUUGAAGUCUCCUCUAAUGAUCGGAGAUUCCUGCAGAUUAUGGCCUCUUUCUAGAGAUGGUUUCAAGAUUACUGCGUUUUGGGUGCUCACAAUGACAAUAAACCAAAUUUGCAGCAUAGCUAAACAUGUGCCAUUUAAAUAUAAUGGUUGGAACUUCAUCAAAAAGUCCGAAGUAUAUGCGGUGGGUGAGAGUUAGGGCUGUUAUUAUCAUAUUUGUAGUAUGAUUUCUACUUUCCAAUGAGCAGUGCUUCUUUAUUUAUAAAUUAGAAAUAUAUUUUACUUUUUUGAUUUUGGUGCAUCACAACGUUAGAGAAACAUGGAGAGAUGAUUUGGUGGGUGUAUGCAUUUGUUGCAUAAUACAGAAAUCAUGUUAGGAUGUGUUUACUUAUUGAAUGUAAAGAGGAUUUUUUAUUUCUGCGUUUGUAGAAGUAUUUGAAUUUAUGAUCUGGUUUAUUGUCCAUGGCAGUCGUUAGUUUUCAAAUUGGUGGUUAAUUGGACCGUAGAACUCUGAACU